GUGUGGUCAAAGCAAACUUGACUUAGACUUCCUCUAGUUGAUGUGGGUAAACUUUUGCUCUGCUUGUAAGAACAGAAGUAGAGUUCAUUAGUCAAGUGUUUUAAUCAAGGCAACAGCAUGAAGAUCAUACAGCUGCAACUAUGUGAGUUUAUUACAUUGUUUCAUUAAGAUGAAAUGUUUUUGAUGUCACUGGUUCACAGCUGAUUAGCAAAUCUUAAUUAUGUGUUUGUUGUUUUUAAUCUCACAGAUCUAUUUAUAUGCUGUCAAGCUGAAACAGAUCAACUGACAGAUUUGGGACAGAAUGUGACUAUAAACUGUGAUCUUGAUGAAGGAGGGAUUUAUUGGUUAUUACUGAAACUUCCAGAUCCUCCAGUGGUGAUAUUACACACUUUGUCAAAUACCUUUUCAUGCUUCAAUAAAACAUUCAGACACAAAUAUUCAGUGCAAUCUCACCGUCAUCUGUUUAUAAAUAAUGUCACCAUUGAUGAUUUGGGAGUUUAUUACUGUAUGAAGAAAGAUUCAGUACCUCCUGAAUUCAGCAAUGGCACCAGACUCAAAUUCAUUGAAUCAACAACAGAGAUCACAUUAGUGUCAUGUACUCAACAGAAUCCGACAGAAGUGAAAGACAUUCAUCACAAUCAGACAUGGCAGACUCUAACACUCAUAUUUGCUCUGUUAACUGCUGUUCUGCUCAUUGUGCUCACAGGACUAUUAAAGGUAUUUGUUUUUGGAAACAAAAGAUCUGGAGAGCAACUUCAUAAUGUUGAUCUACAGCAAACACAAGUUAUAGAACAGCCUCAAGACCCAAACCAAUUACAGUACGCUGAGGUGAACUUUUCUAAGCUGCGUAAAAAGUAUCGAUCCAGCCAAGUCAACAGCACCUAUGCUGCUCUACAUCUGCCCAAAUAAUGUACACAAGAGUAUGACUGACCUAAAACAUUUUUAUGGUGCCAAAGAUUGUUGCUUGAGAGGCACUAUAUGACAUUACUUUUUAUGACAUUACUUUUUAUGAAAAUAAUUUGGAUACUACACAAUGCCAUACUGUAAAUCCUAGCACUUUGUUGUUUUUUAUCACAAGAAAUGUUUAAAUCUUAGUGGGUCACUUAUUUUAAUAAAUUAAUCAUUUAAAUGAAGCAAAAACAUAAUCUAAAUGGGCAGUGUCUUAUGAGGUUUGUUUAACUCUGCAACAACCUAGCAAAAUUCAGUUUGGCAGCUAUGACAUUUGUAUGUUGACAAUGUUCUUUAUCUGUUUAGGAUUCUUGUGUAUGUCUUUUAUCGAUGUGCUAUAAAAUUCCUUAGAUACCUAACAUUCAGUAUUCUUCAGAUAGUAUAUUUAUGUACUGUAUUUUAAGAAGCCCUUUGUAUACUGGGAAGCCUGUUUCUCUUUAACUUCCCAUUGCAAGAUGUUAUGCAAUAAGAAUUUACUUAGAAAUGACUGGUUGAAACUGGUUGUGCUACUGUUAUGUGCUUAUUGUGUGUAUUUAAAAAACGACAUCCAAUGACUAUAGAUUGAUUAUGUUUUUGGUCAAUAAACAAGUCAAAUAUGUUGACCCUUAUCCAACAUUCGCAAACAGUUCACACAUACAGUAUGUGUGGUUGGCACUUGUCUGUGGUUUGGUUACCUUCAAUAAAGUUGUUUAACAAGUUUAAAUUGUA